AUGUGGCAAGUUUCACGUGGGUGGGAUGCCAGGAUUUUCACGUGUUCAGGGACGGGAACACCUUUCGUUAUGUGACUGGUUGGUGAUCACAACACUCUCUUGCUAUUGGCAGAAGGCUUCAAACGUCAUGCAGUCAACGCAGCUGCUGCCCCACAUGACCAGUAGGAAGAGCUGGAGGACUGAAGCAUGCUUGACUUCCAGGCAAUCAGCGCUCCCCUAUUUGAGCGCGAACGCAGGACGGUCCAGCAAAACUGCUGCCGCUUCUUUGUCUGAAUGAAGAUUGAGCUUCACCCAGACUGAAACUUCCUCCUUUGUUCAUCGUCUGUGAGCAAACAAUUUUUCCUACUUUCUUUGUUUAAAAUUAUGGUGUGAAAUUAUUUACUUGCAGCGACUGAAAGGAAGGGGAGUCCAGGACAAGAAGUGCUGAUCUCUUAGAUUUGGCUAUUCUGAAUUUCUCGCCGGAUUUCCAAUCUAAUAGUCAUGAAUUUUAUAACUCUUACAUUAUGUUAAAAAGGGAAGAUUUACACAGCAAUCUCAAAACGACCAUCACGUGAAGUCACUAAAAUAGCAGGCACUUGAAUAUCAUUGGCUUGAAACCAUAGAUUCAGAAUAUCUGUCUGCUCCAAAAUAUUUGCAACAUCAGUUUGUCUGGAAAAGUACUGAGACAUACACACCCAGGUGAGAGUUUUCUAGUGAACUGAUAUACCUUCAACCAAUCUCCCAGCCUAAAGAAACAUUGCACUGUUCAUAGUAGGAAGAGACCAUACCUGUGUUUUUGGGUGGACAAGGAUUCAGCUGAUUGUGAAACUUAGAGACACAAAGCCACGCAUGACAUGGAGAAACCAUGGAAAUGUGAGGACUGUGGGAAAGGAUUCCAUUCUCUGUCAAUGUUGGAGUUUCAUCGACGUGGUCACAGCAGGGAGAGGCCGUUGACCUGUUCUGAGUGUGGAGACACAUUCCCUGAUCCAUCUGCUCUGCGGAAACACCAGCAUGCUGCUACUGGAGAGAGGCCAUUCACCUGCUCAGAGUGUGGAAAGAAAUUCCAUGAAUAUUUCACCCUUUUGAGACACCAGCAAGUUCACACAGGGAAGAGGCCAUCCACGUGCUUGGAGUGUGGGAAAGUAUUCACUCAGUUAUCCAAUCUACGUGCGCACCAGCGAAUUCACACUGGGGAGAAGCCAUUUACAUGCUCUGAUUGUGGAAAAGAAUUCACUCAGUCAUCAACUUUGGUGAGACAUCAGCGAAUCCACACAGGAGAGAGGCCAUUCAAAUGCUCCAAGUGUGGGAAGCGGUUCAGAGAUUCAUCUGCACUACAGAAACACCACCUUGUUCAUACUGGGGAGAAGCCGUUCAUCUGUUCUGAAUGUGGGAAAGGAUUCACUCAGUCAUCCAGUCUGUGGAAGCAUAAGAAAGAAUGUGCGCUAGGUGCAGGACACGGUAAAGAAAGAAACAUACAACAGAAAGCUGGAGAUUCGUGCGGCGGGAGCAGUCGGGAAUGUGAGGUUUGGCUUAUAAAAUCUGGCCUGGUGAUUCGAGCAGUAGGAGAGGAUUUUGAUCGUUGUAAGAAAAGCACUGUUGUCACUGUAAAGAAACACAGUCUGUGGGGAAGAGUCUGUGAAGAUUCAUCUGAAAUGUCCGAACACCAGCACACGCAUGCUGGGGAGAGACUUUGGAAAUGUGGGGAUUGUGGGAAAGAAUUUCUUUACCCAUCUCGGCUAGAAACUCACCAACGCAGUCACACUGGGGAGAAGCCAUUCACCUGCUCUGCUUGUGGGAAGGGCUUCAAUUGGUCAUCUGACCUACUCAGACAUCAGCGAUCUCACACUGGAGAGAAACCAUUCAACUGCUCGGAAUGUGAGAAGGAAUUCAUUCAGUCAUCUGACCUGCUGAGACACAAGCAAAUUCACACAGGGGAGAGACCAUUCCCCUGUUCUGAAUGUGGGAAAGCAUUCACUUGCUCGUCUAAACUACUGAGACACCAGCAAGUUCACAUUGGAGAGAGACCGUUCACUUGCUCCAUGUGUGGGAAGCGAUUCACUCAGUCAUCCAAACUGUUAACACAUCAGCAAAUUCACAAAGAGCAACAGUUGAAGGAUUUUGCUAGGACUCGCACCAAGGAAUGAACUGUGGUCUUUGGGCCAUUUGUACCGAUUUUUAUUAAUCCCUGCUCAAUUAAAGUUGAUGUUGUUGAUAAAA